AUGGCUACUGAACAAUCAUCUCCCGAAUCUACACCUAGAAAACGUCAACGUCGUUUAAGACAAGAUCCACAAUAUAUAUUUGAAAAUCCGACAACACAUGAAAUUGAAAUGGAUAUAACA